AUGGAAGAACAGGUGUUCAAGGGGGACCCAGAUACCCCUCAUUCCAUCUCCUUCUCGGGCAGUGGAUUCCUCUCCUUCUACCAGGCUGGGGCGGUGGAUGCCUUUCGGGACCUGGCCCCCCGGAUGCUGGAAACGGCCCAUCGCUUUGCUGGGACGUCGGCAGGUGCGGUGAUUGCAGCCUUGGCCAUCUGUGGGAUUGAAAUGGAUGAGUACCUCCGAGUCCUCAAUGUGGGUGUGGCCGAGGUGAAGAAAUCCUUCUUGGGGCCCUUGUCCCCGUCCUGUAAGCUGGUGCAGAUGAUGAGGCAGUUUCUGUACCGGGUCCUGCCUGAGGACUCCUACAAGGUCGCCACGGGGAAGCUCCACGUGAGCCUCACCCGGUUCACGGAUGGAGAGAGUGUUGUGGUUUCAGAAUAUACAUCCAAGGAAGAGCUCAUCGAGGCGCUGUACUGCAGCUGCUUUGUCCCUGUGUACUGCGGCCUCAUUCCUCCAACUUACCGUGGCGUGCGGUACAUCGACGGGGGCUUCUCGGGCAUGCAGCCCUGCUCCUUCUGGACGGACUCCAUCACCAUCUCCACCUUCAGUGGUCAGCAGGACAUCUGCCCGCGGGACUGCCCUGCCAUCUUCUGUGACUUCCGCAUGUUCAACUGCUCUUUCCAGUUCUCCCUGGAGAACAUCGCCAGGAUGACCCAUGCCCUGUUCCCCCCAGACCUGGUGAUCCUGCACAAUUACUACUACCGAGGGUAUGAAGAUGCCGUUUCGUACUUGAGGCGGCUGAAUGCUGCUUACCUUAAUUCUCCUUCCAAGAGAGUGAUUUUCCCCUGGGUAGAAGUGUACUGCCAGUUAGAACGUGCCCUUGGCAAUGAGUGCCCUGAAAACUGUCAACCAAGCCUCCAAACAGAGCGGGCCAGUCCAGAAGAAUCCAGACAACUUCACACACAAUGGGCUCCCAAAAGGGAAAGAAAAGGUGGCCGUGGUCCACCUCUGUCCCCACCUGUGCAGACACCUGAAUCCACAUGUGAGUGGCCUAUGGAGUCACCUGUUUCACCACCUGCAUCGCCACUGGCCUCAUCACCAUCACAGUCUCCAACUGACUUGCCACCUGUAUCACGCCCAGCUGUGCACUUCCUCCCCAGCUCAACACCGGGGCUGUCACCUGUAUCACCAUCACAGCAGGAACAACUGACUGGAUCACCAUCCAGAUCCCCACCCCCCCAGUCAUCUAUGUCAUCCAGGACGUCCCUGGGGCCUUCCGCUGUGGGGACAUCGCCAACAUUGCCCCAAUGUUCCUCUUCAGCAGCACCUGCACAGCCACCUGUGGAGGAACUGGGCCCAGAACAGCCCCAGGCUGUAGCUCCCUUUGCUUCUUCAAAUUCCAAAAGCACCGUGCCUCUGGCUAAUGUGAAGGAAACCAUGAGCAAGCCUUAUGCAAUGGAGAGAACUGCUGAAGACUCCAAUUGGGUGAGCAAGGUAUUCAAGAAGAACAAACAAAAGACAAGUGACACCAGAAAAGUCUUCCCAAGACAUCCACAAUCUAAAACACCAGGCAGCAAAAUGCAGUGA